UUUGAUUUCGAAAGGAUUUACAAAAACAUGUGAUUGUGUUAUUUUAAGGAUGUUGAGGAUUGGUCAGGAUAUUGACUCUGUUUGAACAAUGUGCUAAGUUCCUUUUGAUAUUCAUCAAAUAACUUUAAAGGGCCUACGAGUAGGCCUAUUUGUCUGCCAGCAUGACUUCUAAAGGUAAUCCCAUUGCUAGCACUAAAGAAAGUUCCGAUAGUAAUUUAGGUCCUUCAGAAAAUGAAUAUAAACAAAGAUCGAGGUAUUCAGGCUAUCCCGCCGCUGUCACCAAUAAUGGCAUUGCUGACAGGCAUGACAAGCUUGCUUUUAAAUCUGCAGGGGUCACCGCUCGGGUAAAAGAAGGACUACAAACUUUUAAGGUUUUAUCUUCCAAGACUGCGAGGAGGAGGUCCCCUCUGAGGAAUACUGCUGACUUGGAAAAGGGGAAAAGGAGUUCUGCUGGUACUACUGAAAAGGAUAGAAGUUAUCAAUCUGAACGUCUGAAGCAGAGGCCCGUUAGUGUGGGUAAGACUGCUUCUGAAAGUCAAAUUUCUGAAAACAGUUUUCAAACAUCUGACACCAGACCACCAAAACCUCCAAGGUCUGGUCAGUUCAGGAAAAAUCAGGAUAGUGAGUGCAAUCCUCAGAUUUCUGGUGCAAGAUCUCCAAAAUUUGGCAGAUCUGUUACACUAGGAAAAAGCACAGAUAGCGACAAUUCUGAGGUGACUUAUCAGUCUCUGAGGCGGAAGGUCAAUCGGAAUACUUCAGGAGUCUCACGGGCAAGAUCACAGUAUUUGAGUCCAAGUAGUCCAGAGCUUGUGCAGGAGAAAUUGCAGAGGCCAACUAGUGAUGCUCGGAUAACUCGUAACAUUUCAAGGACCCGUAAUUUGGACAGAAACAAACUAUUGGAUUCAGUGCAGCCGUCGGAAAAGUCUAUCCGGAAUCGGGAUUUGCUAACUGAGAAACCCCGGCCUGGAAGUCCGGGAACUGUUGCUAAUAAAGUAAGUUCAUCCACCCAAAGACGGAAACGAACUUUACCAGAUUUGCCAGCCCAGCCAACUCGCACAAGUAAACUCCUUGCUGCAGUUAGAAAUGUCACAAGUGAGGACUUGGCUGUGGUGAGUUGUCAGGAUUUGCAAAGUGUUAACACUGAGAACUCUGAAAUUCAUAAAGAUAGCAACGUUCUUGAUGCUGGCAAGAAAUCUGAGAGCUUUGGUGAAGUAAAUGUUGAUGUUUCACGUGUUGUAGGCAGGGGUCAUACCCACAGUAGGUUGACUGUAAGCAAGGAUACUCAAAGUACUCUGUCAUUAGACAAGUUUAAGGGAAGGAAAAGUCCUGUUGGGAGUAGAGAAAAACUUGACACGAACCUUGGAACAAGCAGUCCAAAAACUGAGAGGCUUAGCGGAAAAAAUAGCAGUCCAGUACCUGCCAAGCGCAUACUAGGAAAAAGUAGUCCAGAACUUGAUAGGCGCAUUGACAAAAGUAAUAGUCCAAAACCUGACAGGCGCAUCAGAAAUAAUAGAAGUCCAAAAGUUGGAAGACGUGACACUGUCCAAACAAAGCCGUUGAGAAAGGAGAAACUCGCAACAAAAGAUUCGGGCCCUUGUGAUCUGAAAAUUGGACAGGUCAAGAAGGUUAUAAAAGUUGUCCUAGAGAAGAAUUUAGAGUCAGAUUCUGUACCGAGUGAGGUAUUUCCUUUGGGCCGAUCAAAGAAAAAGAUUGGCUUAACAGAGAGGUUUACCUUUGAUUCAGAUGAAGAUGAUGGACCAGAUGUGAAGGAUUAUAAGAAAGUUGUACGUGUUACUCCUGCUACUAGACGAAUUAGCUUUGACAGUGGUUCCGCAGAUCCUCUGUGUAGGGCUACUGUUUCAACAAAAGUCGAAUCACUACAGCCAGCUGAAACUAAUGAAGUACCAGUUGAUGACAAUUGUAAGCUGUCAGAGUCACCCAAUUCAGACAGCGAUUUAAGCCAGUUGGAUUCAAGUGCCGAUUCCAAAGAAUUUUCAAACUCUGCAACCAGCAUCACCGAGUCCAGUUUCAGUCAGUCUUCAGAUUCGGAAGGACCUGGUCAUUUGAAGAAUAAAGUUAAAAUUCAUGUUACUGAUGAGACAGGGAAUGCAUCUGAUAGACAACUCAGUGAUGCAACAACAUUAGUCCAUAUAGGACCUAACAGUGACACUGGGAACACUGAGGAAACAUUCAAGAGUGGCAGAACUGUUGUACCGUAUUAUGAAAAACAGGUACAUUUUAUAAAUCCAGAUCGACUCAUUGAAUAUCCUAAGUACGAAUCAUCUGAAACCGACACAGAGUCUGUGUCUGUUGAACCACUGGAAAGUGUAACAACUGUACCAUUGUUAAGGACUGAGCCAGUAAAUGACAGUACUAUUGUUGCAGCAGAAGACGGUGAAAAUUCAGGUGAUAAAAAGCUUAAUUUGAGUCAGUCAACAGAUGUUCGAUCCAGUCCCAUUGACAAGGAGAAAACAACUGAUCAGAAGCUUGAAACACUUUCUCCUGACCGAGUAGGACCUACCCCUAGCCUGCAAAUAGUAACUGGCACUGAAGAAACCCCAGUUGCUGUUAAUUCAGUUUCUCGGCAGACUGUUGAAAAGAAUCUUCGUACUCGUUUCUCUCGUAUAUCGCGCGACAGGUUGCCGGUUGGUAGACGUUUCCAACUCGAAGAGAAACAGGACGGGUCUUUGAACAGCAGCCAAGAUACAGACACCCCAUUAGAAAAUGCAGGAAAACAGACAAAGGGUGAAUUAAUAGACUUAGCUAGUGAUGCAGGUAAUAGGCCUAAGUUGCAGGCACGGAAAUCCGACUCUGGUGCACAACAGAGCACAUUCAGAUCAAGUAAUUCUUCUGUAGAGGCUAAAGAAAACACACAGGGAAAUAACUCUGAUCUAGGUGCUGCUGAUUUGACGUGUUUACCCGCAGAAGAAAGCAGCAGUCAACAAGUGGGUGAAGGCAGAUACAGUUUGGCUGAUAUUCGCUCUGUUUUGGACACAAAUUUGCAGGGGAGGAUACCUACAGCUGUCACAGUUGAGGAGGUGGAACCAGUAUCUGCUGGUGGAGCAGUUCUCAAAAGCGACAACAAGUCUGUUUUCGCAAGGCGUACUUCGGUACUUGAUGCAGGUUUGCCAAAGAGCAAAGCGAAACCUUUGGAAGGUGAUCAAGGGUUGACUGUGGGAGAACGGCAGGUGGAUUACGGCAUACCGCAGACACGGGAGAUUGGUGCAUUACUUCGGGCCAGGAAUACCAAGCGAGAUAAGGAGGUGCAUGAAGUUGAUACUGCUCAUGUUCAGGGUGGUAAUAGAACUGGAGGGAUUGGGAACAAGAUUAAGACAAAGUUGUUUGGAUUCUUUAAGCCUAGUGCAGUUGCAGCAUCUAAGCCAAGUUCUUCUAUUGGCACAGCUAAGACUGUGAAUACUUCUAAACAGGCUUUGAGGGAGAGGCUUAGAGCUGUUGGAAAGGAUACCAGCGCCAUUAGAGAUAAAUUUGAGGAGAAACAAAGGUCAAAUUCAGACUCUGGCUCAAGCCAAGAGAUUCAUGAGGCAGAUUUCAAUAAGGAUUUAAAACGUGAUUCUGUGGGACGAAACUCUUUUAAAUUAAAAAGGGAUAACAGUUGGAGGCUAGGGAAAUCGGACAAGGAGUCUGGUAUUAAUUUAAGUCAGGCUGUGAAGACAGAGGAUACUCAUGGUGUUGGAUAUGCACCAGGGUCAAGUUUGAUACGUGUUAAAUUGAAGGACAGGAUACAAAAAAUGGAGGCAGAGAUAGUGAGUCGAAAUAAGGGUGGCCCAAAUGUAGAGGACCCUGAGCCACAGUUGGAACGUAUGCCGUCAAUAAGAGAUAGAAUUAAGUCAUUUGAUGAGGACAUGCCUAAUUCUCCCAGGAAGGUUUCCAAUAGGUCUGCUGCUGUGACUGUUACUAAGACGAACUUGGACAAUGAAUCUGACAGUCCAGCUAGGCAUCAGAGUUUGAACAAUAACAAUGAUGAUCCAAAUUCUCAGGUGGGGGAUGAUGUUGACCCCUCAGAAUUGAGUGUGGGGGACCGGAUUAAACAUUUGGUGUCCUGCCAGAAGGCCGACAUGGACAUCAAGCCACCUGCGCAGUCGCAAGAUUUGCGCAAACGUUUAGCGGCAAUUAAUGAUAUUAAAAAUGCUGCCCCUGAUGGUAGUUCAGUGAACUCGCGACUGGAUGCAAAUCUUGGGCAGGAGGGGGGAAAUGAUGGUGAGAAACAGGAAAGGCGUAGAUCUAUUAAGGAUAUUGUUGGACAAUUUGAUGUGAAAGGUUCAGAUGAACCUGCUCCACCAAAGCCACCGAGGGGUGUGAUGCCGCGGGCGGGCCAGGUCAGAAGAAUGUCCGGAGAAGUUAAUGCUAAUAUUCAGAAUGUACAGGAUAAGGUUAGUUCACCAAGGGAGGGAAAUGAUGAUAACAUGACAGAGCCUGGUUCAGCAGCUUAUGCUAGGAGGAGAUUUGAAUCUGGUGAUAGUAUGGAAAAGGAAGAUGAUGGAGGGAAGAGUGAUAAGUCUGAGCCGGAGGUGCCUGUCAAAGUUGCUGAGAUAUUAAACAAGUUGAAACAGAUGACUGUUGAGCCCGAAUUAUCAAAAAAGGAUGGCAAGAAGGUCAUUCGGAGGGCAAGUUUUAGGAAUCGUGACCAGGAAUGGAAGGCGAAGUUAGAGAGGGAACGAUUGGAAAGGGAGUCGGAGUUGGAGCGAGAGAGAGAGUUGGAACGGGAAAGAAAGGAAACUGGUGCUGAGGAUGCGGAGAAGGAGAAGGAGGAUGAGGACAGAAAGAGGGAGAGUUUCCAGCAGAGAGAGGCCAAAAUGAAGAUUAAACAGAAGGACGAGGCAGAUGUGGAGAGGCCACGGCCUCGGGUUCAACGAAGUGCAAGUAUGAGGCAGCGAGAGGAAGAAUGGAGAGAAAAGGUAGAGAGGGAUAAAAUGGAGAGGGAGGCUGUGGAAGGGAGUGAGGUGAAGGAAAAAAGGAGGCCGGUUAUUAGGAGUGCUAGUGUGAGACAGAGGGAAUCUGAGUGGAAGGAGAAAGUUGAGCGGGAGAGAUUGGAAAAAGAGGCAGAGAUUGAAAGAAUUGAAAAGGAAAGAUUAGAAAAAGAGUUGGAAAUUGAGGCUGAAGAGAAUAGGCAGGGGCCAGUGAACAGGAGUGAGAGUCUUAGAAAGAGGGAAUCUGAGUGGAAAGAAAAGGUUGAAAGAGAGAGAUUGGAAAAAGAGGCAGAAAUUGAAAGAAUUGAAAAGGAGAGAUUAGAAAAAGAGUUGGAAAUUGAGUCUGAAGAGAAAAGGCAGGGGCCGGUGAACAGGAGUGAGAGCCUUAGAAAGAGGGAAGAGGAGUGGAUAGAAAAGGUUGAAAGGGAGAAAUUGGAAAAAGAGGCAGAGAUUGAAAAAUUGGAAAAGGAGAGACUUGAGAGAGAGUUGGAAAGUGAGACUGAUGGAACGAUUAAGAAAAGGAAGCCUGUUAGUAGGAGUGCAAGUAUACAACAACGUGAAUCGGAGUGGAAAGAAAAAAUAGAGAAGGAUAGGAUAGAAAAGGAGAGAUUGGAUCAAGAGGGGGAUUUGGGGGAUGAGUCACAAGUGAGGGAGAGGAGGAAACCUGUAAUAAGGACUGCAAGUGCCCGGAUGAGGCAGGAGGAAUGGAAGGCCAAACUGGAAAAGGAGAGAUUGGAACGGGAAGCUGAAGAGGCGGAUAGGCAGAGAGAGAGGGAGGAACAGAGGGGAGUGAACGUUGCAAGGGGUUCUAGCAUGCGGGAUUCAAAAGAAAAAUUAGAGAAAGAGGAGUCUCAAAAGGAUGAGAAUUCAGAGGUCAAGGAGAGGUCAAAGGUCGAGAGGAGCCCUAGUAAACGGAGGAACCAAGAAUGGUUGGAGAAUUUGGAGAGAGAUAAAAGGGAGCGUGAGGUUGAGGGGUCGUCAGCAGCUCGGGUGGAAAGGGCUGCUAAUCUUAUCAGGGGCAAGAGGAGCCCAAAGAAGGAGAAGCAAGCUGACAUUUGUGAUGAUGUCAAGGUCAUUGAGUCUGAUAGGAAAGCUGACCUUGAGCUUAACUUGAAUAAAGUUCAGGGUCAGUCAGAAAAAGUUGUGAUUGACCAUAUGGGGGAGUUUGAGAUAGUUGAGAUGAGAACUGAUAGUCAAUCUGAGGCAGUGUCACCGUCCAAAAUGAGGAGAGAAGAAGAGGAAACUGAGCCAAAAACUAGGAAUAUUGUUGACAUCAUGGGAGAGUUUGAAAUCUUAAGUAGCACUGAAUUUGAAAAUAGUGCUCCUGGUGUUGGUGUCGGGAGCAGCAUAGUAAGUCUCAGUGGCACUACUCAGGACAGUUCUAGUACUGAUUUUGAUGAAGCUGGAGUGAGUCCAGAAAACAGUAGUGAAAGUGAUCAGUUUAUUGUUGAAGCCAAGGUGGUGGACAGUAUGCAUAGUCCGCCCGCUUUGGUGCUCAUUGAUGGGGUUACCGGUGAGAGUAGCACCGAUGAUGUUUCACCAGAAUCUUGUGAUAGUCUUGAAAAGUCGUCUCCUGCUGAAAACGUGAAUGAACAGAAAGCAGUCAAGCUCCAUGGCAGUGUUGCGGAGUUGCCAAAUGACCUGGAGGUUGGAGGACAAAGAGAGGACCUUGAAGAAAAAUUGAUGGAAACUCGAGAAAAAUUUGUUGAGGCCGAGAACAAAUUCAUCGACAAUUCUGAUCAGGAAUUUCUUGGGUCCCUUGGGGAUGUUGAACCCCUGGAGGCAGGGAACGAGGUUUGUGAGGUGUCUGAUGAGGAUGAUGAAUUUUCUGACAUUGAACAUUGGUUGGAAGCAAAGCAGACACUUCAGUGUGAGAAAAGUCCGGAAAAGUCUGUGAAACUUGGCAAGACUUCGGAUAGGGAACCCGCUACGGUCUGGGAGGAUGAGCCUAAAUUUGAAACGCCAUAUGAAAAGCGCUUAAGAGAGCGCAUAAGUAGUGAGUCUAGGUCAAAGAGUUUAGAAAGUGAUGAUGAAAAUGACUCUGAGGCAGUAAAGUACAUUUGUAAAUCCGAUCGUAGGGUUAGUUUUCAUGAAGAUUUGAUCUCGCCGCAAAAAGUGGAGAAGGUUUUAGUUUCUCAGAUUAGUCUGACAGGUGAUUUUGAGGGAUUUGGAUUCAUAGACGAACCAGAUUCUGAUGAUUCGAAUGAAAAUGAUGAUCAAAAUUGUAACAGCUCAGUAGAUUUAGAGCAAUUGGAUGGAACACCGAAUAUACUCGAGAAACGCCGGUGUUCAGCGUAUGGUCUUGAAGAUGAUGAUUUGGAAAUUCUCGAUGGACGCCCUCGUUCGUCAUCGGAUAGCGCUGUGAGGGAGUUGCACCAGAAAACGAAGGGGGAUUAUAAAAAUAUAUUGAUGUCUCUUCGACAAACGGAACAAGAUGGUACGGCCAAAGCAAAGAUGGUGGCUGGUUUCAACGACAGCGACCCGGUCACUACCGAAGAGGUUGUACAAGCUGCCAAGAUCUCUCCGCUGGCGUGCAGCUUGAUCAAACCCCCAGAUGAGGGCGUCCUGAGUGGUAUGCCCCUGAGCGCUCAGAGGGACUUGGCUGCCCUUCAUGCAGAAACUGUAUUAGCAGAGUCGCAGGCAAAAGCCAAAGCCAGUGCAGCAGCAAAGGAAAAGAGUGAAAAAUCAAAAGAACCCACCAAAGCCGAUCAAAACGACAAAAAUCUCAAACCCGAGUCCAAAGACCAGUCGAAGGUCCGUAGCAUUUUGAAACGUGAGGGGAGCUUCGAACGAUCACGUGUUGGACUUAACAUCAGGAAGAAGAAGCCGGAUCAGGAGACGAUAACGAGUAGUGAUGAGGACCAGGUGAAGAAGGGGGCGCCACUUGGAACUUCGCCAUUGAUCAUACCAAAGAAAGCUGUUGAGAAACCACCAACGUCAAGCUCGGACGAAACCGCCCCUGUUAAGUGUUCAAAUGAUGCCAUUGCAAGGCGACGGGCACGGAAAGAACAAGAGCGCUUCCACACACAGCCUAUCGAAUCCAAGUCCCCCGAGACGACGCCGGAGAAACGUAAGGGGAAAGCGAUGACGGCUCGUCAUAUGACACAACCAAUCACGGUCGGAGAGAAGAAAGUGGUGGAGAGAGAACAUGAAGAGGUAGACAUGUCAAAGAUGUCGAUUUCUGACAGACUGCGAGUCCUCAAAACCCGAGGCGAAGAAGACUGGAAGAAGCGUGUCAGCAAGACAGACGAAGACUUCCAGAAGCCGGGAGUCGGCGACGAGGUCAAGCGGCGGGAGAAGAAAGAUCGAAAUGAACGACCGAAGAGUAUUACGGAUCUAAUUGGGUCGUUGGAAAUGUCCGGCGAAGGUUGGCGAGGACGAGUUGAGGAGAAAGACGUCAAGCAGUUUACGGUCGAAGGGAAAUUAUCUGCGUCAGGACGAAAACGCCCGACGCGCGAGUCUCACUCCGCGUCGCCCGUUAUGAGGCUGCGUAAAAAGAUGGCUCCCGACAGCCCCCUACUAGCCCGACGAAACAAGCGACCAAAAGCUGGCAUUGUGCACUUGAAAAAUGAUUCUGAGUCAAGUGAUACGGUAUCGACACCUACCCCACCAGUCUCCCCUAGUAAACCAUCACUGCCGAUGAUGACCAUCACUGACAACACCAUGACAGCGGCUGCUGCUGCGAAGACCCACACUGCCACAAACGGAGACGAGGAUCUAUCCCCGAAGACGAUUGAAAUUCCAGCCUUUGACGACACCGAAUCAUUCUUUACAUCAAAAACCGAAGAUACACCGGGAAGAACAUUAGAAAUAAGUGACGAAGCAUUAGAUGACAUUUUUAUUUACUCACAGGAUAUUCUUCAAAACAAGAAGCGUAUCAAGCCAAAAAGGACGCGGCCGACGUCACGGAAUCCUCUGCGUGCUCUGGCGGAGCGGAAAGAUAUCAAGAUGACGUACGAGGAAGGUGUUAAAUCGGGUAUUCCCGAAAAGGAGGUGGCACGAGUCAAGAAGGAGAAGAUUGUUGGUCAACAGAAAGGUUUCGACCAGUCGGCCAUCGCCGGUAUCGCUGCCAAGGUAAACUUUGCUGACAUUUCUUUGAAGAAAGCCGCUCCUACUGCAGCAUCAAAAACUAAGGGAGGACUGCGCGUUUUUCCUUACAUGGACAUUAUGUUAAUGCAGAUCAAGGGUCGACGUCAAGUCCAAUUCCGAUUGGUCGAACCGAAGGCGGAGUCACUGAACAGUGGCGACUGCUUCAUCUUAGUUUCGUCUGACAAGCUGUUCUGCUGGAUGGGAGAAUUCUCCAACGUUAUCGAAAAAGCAAAGGCUCAAGAAAUAGCCCAGACAAUCUUCCAAAAGAAAGAUCUCGGUUUCAAGGGGAGCAGUCGUGGGGUAAUCACAAUCGACGAGGCGCGCGGCCAAGCUCACGAUGCGUUUUGGAAACUGCUAGAUGGCGUUGCCGACUACCAGGACGUUGGACCAGACGACGAGGAUCUCCUCUAUGAGACGUUUCUCACAGAGACGAAUAUUGUGUAUCGCGUGGAGGGGAGCUCACUUAUCCCUGUGGAGGAGUUUUGGGGCAUGCCGCUCAGACACGAGAUGCUGAAGAGUGAAGAGAUCUACGUGUUGGACUUCGGCACGGAGAUGUACGUGUGGCACGGGAAGAAGGUCUCGACCGAGAAGAGAAAGAUGGCGAUGAAGUUAGCAAAACAGGUGUGGGACCAAGGGUACGAUUACUCCGAGUUGGAGAUCAGCCCGUUGUCGCCAUUCAAAGUUAUAAAGCAAAAGCCUGGUGAAGAGGACGGUGGUCUUCCGCUGAAGGGCGACACACGCCCAAAAUGGUGCUUACUGGCCAAGAUUAACGAGAACAUGGAGACGAUAUUGUUCCGUGAGAAGUUUAAGGAUUGGCCGGACUCGAACAGGAUUAUCAAGGUCAAGACCGGCGAUUCCGAACCAACCAAGACCGACGUUGCAUUAGAUCUGAAGCCAUUUGAUGCCAAACUGAUGAUUCCAUUGAAAACCAACCCAGUAACAUUGGUGCUAGAAGGAAGUAACGUAGGACGGGGAAAGAAAUGGAUUGAGUCUUUUGAGGGGUUGAAGAAGGAGUUUGAUGUCAUCACUAUCAAAGUCCUGAUGUGGCACGUGAUGGAAUAUGAGACUUUGCAAUUACACGCCGACAGCUUUGGGCAGUUCCACGGAGGCGACACAUAUGUGGUCCGGUGGCAAUACAUGAUCAAUGCCGGUGGUCUAAAGAACUUGAAGGGGCAAGCAGCGCGACAAUCGCUAACCGGCCGGGAACGCUGUGCGUAUUUCUUCUGGCAAGGAAGAGAUUCUACGAUUAAUGAAAAAGGUGCCUCGGCACUUAUGACUGUCGAACUGGACGAAGAGCGUGGGCCACAAGUUCGCGUUACUCAGGGCCGCGAGCCUGCGUGUUUCUUGAAUUUAUUCGACGGUGGUAUGAUUCUUCAUAUAGGAAAACGCGAGGAUGAGUCGACAAAUACGCAAGGUGACUGGCGAUUAUUUGCCGUACGAAAUGAAAUUGACAGUGAGGCUUACUUAAUGGAGGUUACGUGUUGUAUAGCGAAUUUGCGUAGUCGUUCUACGUUUCUUUUGCUCAACGUGCUAACUGGGAAUUUAUUCGUCUGGCAUGGCGCCAAGUCAUUUGAUUAUACGCGGAACAUUGCUUUAAAGAUCGCUCAACGUCUAGCAAAGAAGUGCCCGCUAGAGGUCGGGCUACACAAAGGUGCUGUAAUCAUGAUGACCGAGGUUGAAGAGGGGCGUGAACGGCGAGAAUUCUGGUCGGCCAUGGACAGCAUGGAUAGGAGUCAAUACGACUGUUUGAUGAGAGACCCCCUUGUCUUCCGUCACACACCUCGUCUCUUCUACAUGGACAGUGUAGCGGGUACAUUUGAGGUCUCCGAACACCUGAAUCCAUCCAGAAGUGAUGUCUGUACACCUUUUCCAUUCCUACAAGCUGAUCUCUACAGGGUCACACAGCCGGCUUUGUUCCUGUUCGACCACGAGACGGAAGUGAUCUUGUGGCAGGGCUGGUGGCCCGAAGGUGAUGAGGAGAGUGAUAAUGUCAGUACAGGGUCCGCGAGGGCCAGGUUUAACCUGAAUAGGAAAUGUGCAAUGGAGACGACAUUGCAUUACUGCAAGGAAAAGAACCCGUCAAACCCACCCCCUGCAUAUCUUGUCUAUGCAGGAUUAGAACCGAUUCACUUUACGAACCUGUUCCCUACCUGGGAGGUGGAUGAGGAGGCACAGGAGGCAAACCUAAAGGACGGACGUAAGGAAGGCUUAUUCCGCAUGAAAGACAUAUUGACGAUGUUAUCGCGGACUGUUUACACAUUUGAUGAGCUACAAGAGCGCCCCCUACCUGAUGGUGUGGAUGCUUCCAAAAUCGAGUCUUACCUUAGUGAAGAAGAUUUCCAGGAAGUCCUCGGGAUGCCAAAGAGCGAGUACUAUGCACUACCCUCAUGGAAACAGAUCGAAUUGAAGAAAGCUGCAUGUCUUUUUUAGACCGAAGGCGUGGAGAGUUUGAACUUAUCAAAUCUGAGCAUAUUUUCUAUUCAAACAAAAAGAGAUCUUCGUGUUUUCCUGAACAGGAUGUUAGAUUUUCUGACGAUCUGAUGCUUUAGAUAUUCGAGCUUUACAGAAAGAUAUAUGCCUCCGCUCUUGGUAGAACUUUGAAUUUUCGAAAUCAGAUAAAAAAUAACCGUUUUAGAGGCAUAUACAUUUUGUGGCCUGUUGCAUUGUAGGGCAGCGGGGCAGUUUUUUGCUCUGCACACUGUCACAUCCCUGCAGUAUGUCAAUGUGAGUGUGUAGAGGCUGGGUAGUGGGUCAUUUGGGAGGGCCAUUUUGGACAUCAAUCCAUUUCCAAAUAGACUGUGCUGACGUCGCCAGGAAAGUGUUGGUAAUGUCAUGCUUGACGUCACCAAACUUUACUGCUGCCAAUGUUGCACAGACGACCCAGUGUGCAGGGUAGGUUGGUGACGUAAAUUGAUGUUAAAAAUGGCGUCUUAAUGUGAUGAUGUCAUCUCGCACGGCCUUUACAGAAGAAAGUUCCCAGAUGUUGGUUAGUCUUGAAAUUCAGGCCCUGAAUUUGUGAAAGUAUUAGUAUUUUUCCGCACCUGUUCAUUUAAGUUUAGGGUCUUUGGUUCAGAAAAUGUCUCUGCAUGACUAUAUAAUGUCUAUGCCUCUUUCUACCAUUAAUGGCGUUUCUCACCCCGCUUUGCAGCUGGACAGACGAUUUCCACAGGCAGCGGGCUUGAGUCAAUAGUGCAACAUACUUAGCACUUGUAUGGUCACGUACAAUGAAUGAGAAUGGAGUGUAAACCAUGACGUGAAAUGCAUUAGUGGAGCUAGGCCUUUAGUGAUAUUGUUGAGUAUGAGUAUUUCUUUGCGUGAGGUUUUUACAUCAUUCCUUAGAAACUUGAUGUAAAAUUUUUGCUCAAGAUAGUGCAGAGAUAGUUAAAGGUCCAGUGGUACGGUCAAAAUUUGUAAUUUUGAAUUUGCAUUCAAGCUGAGGAGAUGAACUGCUGAAGUUUUAUUCCGAGUGAGUCACAGAUGCAAUGAUGUGUUCAUGUGAACUUCAGUCGCGUAAUUACAUGCUAUCAAAAAUAGUUUUGAUGCUGUGAGUGAACAGAGCAGAUUGACAGUGGAACUGGGCCUUUAAGGAACCAAACACCAACAUUUUGAGUGGAAAGACGUUUUUUCUUCUUUUUCUCUUUAAUAAUACCUAGAGUUUCCGGCUUUGAACAUGUUCAAUAAUACUUAUGCAAUAUUACAUCAUUCAAACUUUUCAUGGGUGAUUUUAGUUGGCUUUGCUAUUGUUCCGGCCAUUUCAUACACUUUUGUAAUUUUCUUUUUCGCAACUGCUGAUUUUACUUUCAUGGUUGUAUUGUUUGCUUUGACUGUUUGAGCCAGAGAUAUGCCUACCCAUUGAUUUCCAAGCCUUCAAAUUCUUCAACAGUUUACUUCAAAUUCUUCAACAGUUUACUUUUCAAAAUACAGUAGAAUCUCCCUAUCAAGAACACCCUUAGGACUCUCAAUGCUGUCCUUACUAGAGAGGUGUCCUGGUUAGAAGUCAAAAUGUUUAGAAACUACCCAUUUGGGACCGAAAGUCACUGUCCGUAUAACAGAGGUGUCCACAGAGGGUGGUUCAACUGAACAUGUACAUGUAUGUUAUUUUAAAUUGAAGACCAGAUUUCAGUUCUGCUUACCCUCUCAAGUAAGAGGUUUAUCUUUUUCACAUGUUCGUGUGCAGUGAUGUUCAUACGCAGCUCAAAAACUGAACCCAAGUAACCAUUCUGCCUGCUUCUGUUCUGCCAAAGUCACAGAUAAUCUGGUGCAGUCUUGCAAUAAAUUUCCUGCCAUAAGAGUUUUAUGUCGUGUUUCCUCCUAUGGCUACGAUUAUAUAGAGUUCACGUUCGACGUGUCACUUUUCAUGCGUGACAUGAAGAAAAAACAAGUCAUUUCCAAAGAGCGGGCGACAUACGAUUCACGAGGUCACUUUUCAUCCUCGCGUGGUGUUUUCAAACCUAAUUCAGUUAACUCGUGACAAGUGAAUCAUGACAAGUGACAACGUGAACCCUAUAUGACUCCAACUUAAAGGCCUAUGCCAUUCGUUGAAAAAUUUGAAUUUUGUAAUUGAAUAUAAAAAUGUCCAAUUUCGAAAAUACAUACUAAAUAUAAAUUUCAACAUUGCCGUUGUGUAGGCUGAUAUGCAAAUACUAUGAAUACCAAGUUUAAACAAAUUUGUAUUCACAAUAACUGCACUACGGCAUUGUGUAUUUAUAGUAGAUUUCUAUUUAACUGGAACACAAGUAAUUGUGAGCGGCAUACCCCUUAAAGGAAUUUCUUUAUUUGUCUGUCAAAAAUGUACUUAAGUUUGGGGCAAACGGGUAGCCUAACUGAAGAGGGCGACCGCUUGAGCGACAGACAAACGUCAUUGGUGGUCUUUUAAAAAAAGUUUAUUACUCAUAACGAAUGCAAUACUUAGGUUGCGGACCGUCCUGGCUCCUACUCCUACUCCGAGGGGAUUCCCUCUCCUCAUAUUACCACAUCAAAUGUCUUAAAGGGGGACUAUAGGCAGGAGCAGUGGGGUUAAAUUGGCCAUCUUCGGGUGACCAAUAUGCACACUAAGGGCACUAGCUGGGUCAUGUUAGAUUCAGCGCUUAGUAUAUUCGUUGUACAAGCGUGAAUAGUUUUGAUGUAAUGUGAGAUGGGAGAGACCCCUAUUGCCGACAUUGUGUAACUUUAUCUUGCCUACCUAGCAGCUGCCUUUAGUGUCCCUUUAACGUCAUUAUUAAUCUGUUGUUGAGACGAGAUCACUACGUCGAAUAUAAAUGUUACAUCGCCAAAAGUAUAGCAAUAUUUCAAGUUUGAUCUCGUGAGAUGAGCACAACCUGCUUUUUGACUUCCCCUCGCUCAGUUUAACUCGUAGCGGAUGCAGGAGUCAGGAUGAUGCGCAACCUCUCUUAUAUGUUUUUGCUGCCACUGACACUUCCGAUUAAGUCGCCAGUGUGUUGCAAGUAUUACCCAAUAGAAGCUCUGCAAAUAAAAAUAAAAUGUACUUAUGCAACUUAACAUGGUUCUAUAUAUUCUUGUCAAGUGCCAAGAUCUGAUCUACAGGGUGGCCCAGAAUUAUUUUCCCUCGCACAAUGGAUACACAAUAGAAUUCUAUUCCCAAAGGAAAAUAAUUCUGGGCCACCCUGUAAUAUCAUGUACAAUAACGUCACGGAUGUUCAUUCAUACAGUAAAUAUACCACAUUGGUAUUUAGAUUGCUGUACAUUUCGCUGGGUGUAAAUUGAAAGUUACGCUGAUGGGAUGUAUCUACUGUGUGAAUUGGUCCUAAUGUAUAUUCAUAUGUCUUUCGACUUCAUGUACAUUGUCUUAGUUGAGUAGGGAGAUGAUGAGAAAUUUGUAACUACAUAGGUCAGUAUUUAAGGGGUAAUCUAGGCAUCAGCUGGGGUCCGAUCCGGGCGUCACUCGAGGCUGGGGUCCGAACCGGGCGUCACUCAAGAGCUUUCCCACAAGAAACACUAAAAUUGCUAAACAGUGCCUGCAAUAAUCUUGAUUAAAAACACAAAUUUGGCACCCAUUCGUUGGGAAGUAUCCAGGUAACCAGUGUGUGAACAGGGUUUUGUUUGGGUCCUUAUAGUGAUGUGUGUUGAUAAUCUGAUCGUUUGAAAUGGUCGAGACUUAAUUGGACACUUUUCGGACAUUUGACCCUCCUGGUUCCUGCAUAAUAUUGUCUCCCUUUCAUAAAAGACCGAGAAGAUUGGGAGAAAUUUUCAGAAACAGUAUAACUCAGAAUGAUGCAAGGUUAUUUGCUGACAACCACUUUGGCCUAAACAAUCUAACUACAAAACAUAUAUAGCGUGAGAUGGCUCAGAAAUGGUUGAGUUUUGGAAGAAUUUAUAUGUCCCGCACUUGACAACUGCUAAUUAGUCCAUUGGUCCUUUAAGAUAUUGCAAUUUUCAUGUUAAUAUGUCUAUGUCUACUAUCUCAAUUUCAUUUGUAGUUUAUAUAUAAACUCCAAUUUCAAAGUGGCGUCAAGGUGGCGACGCUGAUUUUCACUAGAGUAUGCGUCCUGAUGAAAAUCUCCAACAAAAUUUGCAUCUUGUCCCAGUCAAAACAAUGCAACACUCUAGUGACAGUCAGCGUCACAGGCCGGCAGGCAGAGUUUUGCAACAUUUUAAAAUAUUUUGCCUGCUAAGUGUUGCCCUGAGCUAAUUACCAACACAGCUAAUUAAAACAACCUGUAGCUAAUCAAUUCUUUAUCUUUUGUAUAGUUGUCUUUGCUCUUUCUAGACCAGAUAUGACUGUGCUACUGCUAUAGAGACGCUUAUUAGUGUUUGGUCUUGUUCUGGUGGGUUGAUAACAUUCAGAUACGGUAAUAUUUGUACAAAGAUGUUAUAGAAAAUACAAGAACUUCCAAUAAAAUAUAGAAAGCAAUGUAAUAUUAAUAA